AAUUACCAUUGACUUUACAACGAGGGGUUCGACCCAAAGUUUGAACGUUUAAACCUACAUUAAACGUUCUGGGAUCAGCCCUACAAGGUCUGGAAAAGCUCUAGGAGCGAGCAGCCUUGGGCACCUGCUUUUGCAUUAUUCAUCGAGCUCCUUUUCCCCGUCAGUUCUCCCAAAACCAACUUUUAAGUCACUGCAAACAACCAAUUGGAGUGUGCUGCAGACGCCCGGGGAAGUUUGCCAGAAGUUGGAUUGAAACUUGACGGGAGAGAUCGGAGGCAAUCGGUGAACCUUCAGCUCACUUCUAGGAGCCAGGCGGUCUCAAGCAGAAUGAAAGUUCAGACAACAGGUUUCGGCGUGACUUUCUUUGUUUUGCAAUGUUUGCUGUUUUUGCUGCUGGGCGUCUGCGAAGCUCGGUCGAAAGCAUCACGUGGAGUGGUGGUUCCUUUUGUUUUCGAUCCCAAAGCGAAGUGCGACCCUCCCUGUCAACAUGUGGGGCUGUGUAUCAGGAAUAACACUUGCUUCUGUUCCAAAGGAUACGAGGGUGAUUUCUGUCAGUACGUGACUUGCUAUCCGAAGUGUAAGAACGGUGGAGAGUGUCUUCGCCCUGGGAAAUGCCGCUGUCCCUCUGGAGUUGGAGGACGAUACUGCCACAAAGCUACUUGUGAAGGUGGCUGUCUCAAUGGUGGAGAGUGCAUCUCUGUUAACAGUGUUGUGAAGUGCCUAUGUUCCUCUGGCUGGAAGGGAUCAAGAUGUCAGGAAGCAAUCUGUCCCCAAGGAUGUCAGAAUGGGGGAAGCUGUUUGGCACCAGGUAUCUGUAAUUGCCCAGAUGGAUGGGUUGGUGGAGCCUGCCAUUUAGCGGUUUGUGACAUCCCUUGUAUACGUGGAGGGAAAUGCAUUGCGCCUAAUUUGUGUCAGUGUCGUGGAUUCUACACAGGUCCUCAAUGCACACAGAAAAUAAAGUGAAUAAACAGUAUGUUCAUGAAGUCGAGUCCUCGCAAUUACAAUUUUCUUUGGUCAAACCAUCCAUUAGGUUACAUUUUAGUGAAUAAUUCAUGUUAAUAAUUGAGAAAUAAGUGGAAAAAUGACAUGACUCUAACUUCAGCAUUCUUUAUUAGUGGCUAAAGAAGCUGCACAUUGCAUCUUUUUAUCUGUAUGUGUUGCGUCUUUUUUGUUUUUAACACCGUGGUCAUGGUUGGUAUUGUGCAAUUUCUGUGAACGUAAGGGAGCAUUGGCUGUUUGAACAUAAUUGCAGAUCAUCAUAAUCAUUGGAGAAUACUUAACAUUAUUCAAAAAGCUCUGUAUGAUUGUAUGACUGACCUUCCAAGUGCAAGUACAAUAAAGUAUUAU